CUUCAGUUUUCAGCAAGACCUAGCUGGAACGCGAAGCAAGAUACAUUACUCUUAUUACAAUUUACCACCUCCCUCGUUCACUUUUGAACGUUAUCCUGUUGCGUCUCCGGGACCUCGUGGUUCUCGAAAAGAGGAUAUUCGAGCUCUUGAAAAAUCGAUUCCAAGUUCCAAAUCAAACACUCGGAUAUCCUUGUUACUAAAAACACGUUGAUGAUCAUCUCCUAAAUCAUCAAUUAACGUUUUCGAUGACUUUCUUUGCAAGUUAAAACGACCAAUGUAAUGUCAUCGAUGAUUCUAGUCAUGAAAUGGGUGUGAUCGAGGCAAAGACUUUAUUAGGAUUUUUUCGCGGGAAUUAAGAGUUCAGUGGACGUUCAAGUGAUACUCGUAUUUAUCUUGGUCACUUUUGUUAGUUUAUUUUGAAUGGCAGCAUCCUCUAAGUCGGACAACCAUGCGGUUAGUGUUGAAAAACGAACCUCGAUAGUUCUCGAGCAUGUUUCCAUGACUAACUGCACACCCAGCAAUUUUCCUGACAAGUUUCAAGAUUUUUUUGCUGCUGUCACCGAAGAUAACGACGAUAUACCAACCAUGCUCGAAGACAAACUAAUACCGAGGAAGCAGGAGAGUUCCGGUACCGAUACAAAGGGUAGAAAGUGGAGCAACAGGGCUUUCCAAAGGCGAAGUAGCGAAAUCGAGGUACGAUUUCACCGUAGUUCCUUGUCCAGUGCUCAAGGACAUGGAAUAUUAGAUGGACCAAAAUCGCCAACGCCUACUCGACGAAGAAGUUCUAGUAUAGCCGUUGCCAGACCUACACCCGACUUACACAGAUUUUUACAGGCGGAAGCAGGUCCUUGGGGACACCUUUCGCCGUCGUUGAGAAGUCAAAGCUUGACCCCAGCAGUAAGUCCUGGAGCAGCUUCUACUUCUUCCCAUCUUAUCGUUAGUCCAGGCACAAGUCCUGGUGGUCCUAGUCCUACCAGUCCUGCAGGCUCAGUUGGACAAGGAACGGGAUCAUCUCGGGUAUCUAUGCCAAGGCAAUAUCGUGGUAGAACCAGUAGUAUGCCAGCAGUACCACGACAUAGACCAAUGUUGGCAGAAACGAAACGCGGUGGUGGCGGUGGUGGUGGUGGUGUUGCUGGCGAAGACGGAGAAACCGAAGAUUGCAUCGAAUAUUACAGACUACGAUCGUUCUCCAUUACAGCGAAUGGCGUUUUCAAUCUUGGCGAUUCGUUGAAGAGCCGUCGUAGUAAGAGUAUCAACAGUGUUACCUCUUGUGGCACUAGUUGCAGUAGCACGAGAGAAGCUCGAUUACUUAGUUCGGCUUCGCAACUCUCUGGAAUCGAAACAGAGGAGGAAACGAGCAACGAACGCAUUGCUACUUACAAGGUUGGCAUGCUAGGUGCAUCUGGGGUUGGUAAAACCGCUCUGACGGCUCAAUUUACGACGAGCGAUUAUAUUUGCGCUUACGAUGCUUCGUUAGACGAAGAGUACGGUCAAAAAAGUGUUUCUGUUAUGCUCGACGGUCAAGAAACCGAAUUGGAAAUCAUUGAUCAUCCGAGCUCGGAAAUGUCGGUCGAGACGUUUUGUUCGACCUACAAUCCAGAUGUCUACGUUGUCGUCUAUUCUGUGGUAGACCGAAGGAGUUUGGAGAUAGCAAAGGAAACUUUGCUUUAUCUAUGGAAGAGUGAUUAUAUGAUGAGCCAUGGCGUUAUCCUGGUCGGGAACAAGGUCGAUCUUGAAAGGAAACGGGAGGUCCCCUCUGUGGCCGGCCGACAAUUGGCGAACAACUGUGGUUGCAAAUUCAUCGAAACGUCGUCGGGAUUGGCACACCACGUCGAUGAACUUCUAGUCGGUAUCCUGGCGCAAAUAAAAUUAAAUCCUCAACGUGAUCGAAAUCAAACAACAAAACAAAAAAGAAGUAAACACCGCAGAAGAAUUUUAAAACACUUGCUUGGUUUCAAACGGAAAACUAAAAGCUGCGAGAAUCUUUUUGUUCUUUAAGGAUCCAUCAUUUAUUUGAUCUUAAAUGCCGGAAGACAGAAAAUCGAUGUAUAAAUUGCAUGAAAAAAAUAAUAUAUAUUCAAUUAAAAUAAUAUUUUCAUUGUCAUCGAUCCGCGUGAAUAUCAUAAAAAUAUUAUAACAAUUUGAAUAACGUCAAUCAAUGUUCCUCGACGUUAUAAAUAUCGAAAAUGAAUUUUAAUUAUUAUUUCAUACCAAUUAUAAUUGAUAAAUUAAUAAUAAUAAUAACAAUAUUCACCUGGAUCGAUUAAAAUAGAAGAUAUAUUGCAUAAAAAGUGAGCUAUACGGUUAUUAAUCAUUGCGUAUUACAUUCUCGUGAUCAUUUGUUAUGGAUUGGUCACAUUCUCAUGAUUGAUCUAUCAAUCUGGCCGAUUACCAAGUCAUGAUUAAUAACAGUAUUGCUUCCCUUCUACAUCAUCGAAAAAAAAAACAAAUAUACAGGGUGUCACAGCAAAAUGAAAAUGCCUAAAUAUUUUCUUUCUUUACAAUUGUAUAAAAGACUAUUGCACUAUUGCAGGGGAGAGGGUGUUAAUUAUGACAUUUCAUGAUUAUCAUAUGAUGUUUCUUUAAACGGAAUUUUAAAUUUUUUCAUUUCCUAGCUGAAACACCUCGUAUACAUAAAUAAUUAUUUAUCAAACAUAUAUGUAUAUUCGUGCGAAUUGAGAAAAUGUAACUACGUAUAACAACAUUAACGCGUCAUUUCUCAAGCGCACUUUAGAUUUAUUUUUAAUACGACUACCGAUAACGAUGUGACGAUGUCGAUUGCCGUAAGAACGAGAAGGAAAGAUGAUAGUUCGUUACGCAAUAACUCAUCGAAUUAUUUUCGAUCGUAAGUUUUAUUCGGUGCGUCGAUACUUCGGCGAUAUCGUCAAAUAUAACCAACUACAAAAAAAAGAAAAAAAAAAGAUAAAAGAAAUAAAAUUGAUAGUGAAUCUUAAUGGUUAUUGAAUAAUAAAUCGAAAAAGAGAAUAUUACUUUGAAUAUUAGAAAAAUCUUUCCAAAAAUUACGUGAUAUCAGAGGAAGCGGUCCAAAAAUAAUAAAUGCAAUUAUAAAAAAUGAUUGUACAAAAAAAGUGAAUUGUGCCAAAGGCAUAGCAAACAAAAAAUUAACAAAAUAGUUUCUAAUCUAUCUCUUUCUAUAUUAUCGAAUCUGUUUUCUCUCUCUCUCUCUCUCUCUCUCUCUCUCUCUUUCUCUCUUUCAAUAAGUAAAACGAAAAUUAACAGACCAAAGUAC